AUGAAAAUAUUAGAAUGGAUAUCCUGUACUAUCAAAGGAAAACAUAAUGAGAAUAAAAUAUAUUUAAUAUCUAAUUUUGAAUUUAAUAAAGAUGACCAUGAAUAUUAUAUAAAAAAUGCUGAAAACAGGAUCAAGGAGGAAGAUUUAAAUAUAGAUAUAAUAUAUGGGAAGAAACAUAAAAACGAAAUAAGAACAGCUAAAUAUAAAUUAUAUAGCUUUUUGCCCUUGAUUGUUUUUUUUCAAUUUUUAAGAUUAGGAAAUUUAUAUUUUUUAUCAAUAUCAAUGUUACAAUUAAUACCUGAAAUAACGGAUUCGAAAGGAAUGCCAACUUAUUUAAUACCCUUAGUUUUUAUAAUAGUAGUAGCAAUGAUUAAAGAAUUUUUUGAAGAUUGGCAAAGGCAUAAAUCUGAUAACGAAGAAAAUAGUAAGAAAACCAUGGUUUUUGUACAAGGAGAAUUAAAAGAAAAAAAAUGGGCUGAUGUUAAAGAUGGUGAUGUUGUAAAAAUUUUCUCAUAUGAAUAUUUUCCUGCUGAUUUGAUCGUAUUAAAUUGUUCUAAUAAAAAAGGAAUUGUAAAUAUUGAAACGAAAAAUGUAGAUGGCGAAUCUAAUGUUAAACAAAAAUAUUGUUUACCAGAUAUAUCCAAAUAUUUUAGUGAUGAUAAAACUGCAGGAUUCUGUAGAAUAGAAUUAAUAAGUGAAAGACCUAACGAUAAUAUUUUUGAUUAUAAAGGAUAUAUGAUAUUACCUCCUUUACAAUAUAAAAAUAUGAAGAAUGGAAAAUUGAUACAUUUUUAUAAUACUCAUUAUAAAAUGGAUGAUCAUAAAGAUGAACACGAUGAAAAAGGAACAGGAAAAUAUAUUAACAAAAAUUAUAAAAAUGAUUAUAAUGAUAAACAUAUUUCAUAUAAUACAAAUGAGCAAAAUAACCUUUCGGACAUGACAAAGAAUGAUCCUAAGGAAUAUGACUAUAAUCCUCAAAAUGAGAUCAAUAAUAAUAAUAAUAAUAAUAAUUGUGAUAAUAAUAAUAAUAAUUGUAAUAAUAAUAACCGCUUUUUCGUGGAUGAUAUUAAGAAACAGGGGCAAAAUGAAGAAACAGUAGAUAAAAAAAAAAGCUUUUUCAUUAUAAAUAAUCAAAAGAAGGUAUACGACACAGGUAGUAGUAAUAAUGACCAAAUAACACAUAUUAACAAUGAUGUUAUUAGUGAGAAAAAACGAGCAAGUAGAAGAAGAACUUUAUACAACAAAUUAACUUUUAAUAAAUCCUUUUUUAAUAACAAAAAUGAGAACAAGAAAUUAAAUAAAAGGAAUUCGACUUUAUCAUCAAUUAAUAAUAAUAAUGAUAAUAAUAAUAAUAAUAAUAAUAAUAAUAAUAACAUUCAUAAUAGAGAAUAUGAUGGAGAAGAACAAACACUAAAAAAAGAAAAUUUUUUUUUUAAAGAAUAUAAAAGAGAUCAGAAAUUUGUUCAAAUAACAAUAGAUAAUUUAGUACUUAGAGGAACAUCUUUAGUAAAUACGAAAUGGAUUUAUGGUUUAGUAAUUAAUACAGGAAAUCGUACAAAGUUAAUGAAAAAUGCUUCAACAAAAUCAAGACAAAAAUGGUCCAGAUUAGAAUUCGUAUAUGGAAAUCAUGUUAUUGUAUUAAUUAUAUGUCAAGUGUUUAUAUCUUUAAUAGUAGCUAUAGCAGGUGUAUUAUGGAUGAGAAGAAAAGGAUAUACUUUGUGGUAUUUAAAUUUAGAUCAAACAUCUGAUAGUUUAAAAACCUUUUUUAUAACUAUUGGGUCUAUGGUUUUGUUAUUUGGUUCUUUUAUACCAGUAGAUUUAUUAUUAAUAUGGGAAGUAGUUAGAUUAUUACAAGGAUAUUUAAUAAAUUGGGAUAAUGAUAUGUAUAGCGAAAAAACUGGUAGGCAUGCUUUAAGCAAAGCUGGACAAUUAUUAGAAGAAAUGGGAAACGUUACACAUAUAUAUUCUGACAAAACAGGAACCUUAACACAGAAUGUUAUGCAACUACAAAAUAUUGGGUUAGGAAAUAAGGGAACGUAUGGUUUUUAUGAUUUCAGCAAUAUAAAGGAAAACAUAACAAAGAGCAGACAUUGGGGUAGUCAAGAUCCUAUGGACCCUGUUUUGGAAGAAUACGAAAAUGAGGAAAAUGUAUAUAGCAACGUGAACGACGAUAAUAAGAAUGAUCAUGGUACUAAUGAGAGUGAUGAUAACAACAAUAAUAAUAAUAAUAAUGAUGAUGAUGAUCAUCAUGAUAAUAAUCAUAAUAUCCAUAACGAUCAAAAUAAUAACGCUCAAUAUGACAAUUAUGAUAAUUAUUACCUUAAUAAUCAUCAACAACAAAACAAAGUAAAAAAUAGACCAUGCAUCGAUGAUGAAACCAAUUUUUACAGAAAUAAUAAUAUGAAUAAAGAAAGGACAAGAAAAAGCUAUACAUUUUUGAAUCCUUUAAAUUGGUCAAAUACAUCAAUAAAUACAAAAAUGAAAAAGAAAAAGAGUCUAUUUUAUAAUAAAAAUAGCUUAGCUAAUUAUGAAAGUUUGCUAAAUAAUACUUAUACUGAAGAUGAUUUUAUUAGAGGUGAAAAUGAAUUUGUUUUUUUUAAUAGAAUUUUAUUUGUUAAUAAAAUAUAUAGCAUUCGUCAUGAUGUUCAAGAUCAAAUAUAUUUUUUAUUAUUAGUUUUAAGCUUAUGCCAUAGUGCUAUGAUACGAAAUGUAGAUAUAGAUGAAAUGGAUAAUAAUGAAGAUGAUAAUAACAAUAAUGAAAAAUUAAAAAUAUAUGAUAAAGAAACUGAUAUUGUUUAUACCUACAUUACACAAACACAACCACAAUAUGAUGCCAGUUCUCCAGACGAAUUAGCAUUAAUAAGCACAUCAUUAUAUUUAGGAUGUGAGUUUGUAAAUAGACCAAAUUUAACUACCAUAGAAAUAGAAUUAACAUCUACAUUUGCUCAAAGAUUUAUAUUAGGUGAAAAAAAAUUCGAAAAAUUUUUAGAAAAAAAAGAAUUUUAUGAAAAAGAAUUUGAUACAUAUUUCCCUGAUAUAAGUGCAUGCUUAGGAAAAGAAAAAAAAAAAGAUAAUAAUAAAAUAAAUGAGAUGAUUAACAACAAAGGUAAUACAAAAGAUGAUUAUAUGAAUAACUUUCAUAUGUCUAUACCAAUAAAAAAUAUCUUUGGUUCUAAUAAAAUGCAAUAUAAAGAAGAAAUUAAAUAUGAAGAGAAAAUUAUUAAAAAAGUUGUGCCCAUUUUAUCAUUUGAAAUAUUAGAUGUAUUUGCAUUUGAUAAUGUAAGAAAAAGGAUGUCAUUAAUUGUUAAAAAUGAAAAAAAAGAAAUCUUUAUGUUAGUAAAAGGAGCUGACACAAGUGUAUUAAAAUUAGCAUCAAAAAAUCAAGAAAAUAUUGUAGAUCACGUAGAGCAUCAAUUACAUGCAUUUGCAACAUCAGGUUUAAGAACGUUAGUUUUAGGAUAUAAAUAUUUGACAGAAAAUGAAUUUAGUGAUAUGUAUCGAAAUCAUAUAAACGCUAGAAAAAAGUCAGAAACAGAUAAAGAAGAAUAUUUACAAGAAUUUUAUGAAGAAGCUGAAAAUAAUUUAAUUAUUAUUGGAUGUACAGGUAUUGAUGAUAAGUUGCAAGAUGAUGUGCCACAAGUAAUACAAGAUUUAAGAGAUGCAGGUAUGACAAUAUGUGUAUUAACAGGAGAUAAAUUAGAAACAGCUAUUAAUAUUGGACAUUCUAUAAAUAUAUUAAAUAAACAAACAUAUAAUGCUAUAUUUACUGAAACGGACCCUACUUUAUUAUUAGAACAGUUAAAUAUUCAUGAGAAAAAUACGAAUGCAGCAAAUCUUUUAAAUGUAGAUCAUGGUACAAAAUGGUGGAAUAGUGUAAAUUGGGAACAUUUAAAUUUAGAUUUAAGAUCAGAAACUAUAUUAAAUUUUAUGAAAUCUAAUUUUCAUGGUUCAUUAAAAAAGAGUAUUAUAUCAUCAAAUAUGUUUAAUAUGAAAAAUAAUAAUUCUUUUCCAAGUUUAGCUAGACAAGAUAAAGUAUUCAAUUCUUUUUUAGAAUCUAGUGAAUCAUUCUGUCAUAAUAAUAAUGAAAUGGAUAAAACGAAAGGAAAAGAAAAAGUACAUUAUUCACAAUUCUCUAUAACUAUUACCGGUGAAGCAUUAGAUGUUAUAAUGAAAGAUAAAAUUUUAAAAAUUAAAUUCUAUACAUUAGCUAGAAGUGCAUCUACAUUAAUUGCUUGUCGUGUAACACCUAAACAAAAAUCUUUACUAGUUAAGGAAAAUUCUGCUUUUAAUCCUCGUGGUACAUCAUUAGCUAUAGGUGACGGUGCAAAUGAUGUUGGUAUGAUAUUAAUGGCUAAUGUUGGUGUUGGUAUUGCAGGAAAGGAAGGUUUACAAGCUGCUCGUUCUUCUGAUUUUACUAUAAGUGAAUUUAAAUAUUUAAAAAAAUUAUUAUUUGUACAUGGUAGAGAAUCAUUAAGAAGAAAUUCUUUUUUAGUAUAUUUUUGUAUAUUUCGUAAUGUUAGUUUUUGUUUAUGUUCAAUGAUAUUAAUAUUUUGGACAGGUUAUAGUGCUAUUGAUGCAUGGAAUCCAUGGACAAAACAAAUUAUCAAUAUAGCUUUUACAUCAUUACCUGUAAUAUUUUUUGUUGCUUUAGAUAAACAGUUACCACAUAAUAUCCUUUUAAAUAAUCCUUUAUUAUAUGAAACAUCCCCAUCAACUUUAUGGCCAUUUUAUUCCAAUAGAAAAAUGGAAUUUUAUACUAACAAAGUAAAAGGUUGUUAUAAAUCAUUUUAUAAAUUUUGUUUUUUUCCUAUACGAUAUAUACCUUAUAUACAAAGAUAUACAGAAAAAAUAAAAUCGUGGAUUGGGAAAAGAUCCAAACCAGAAAAAUAUAGAACUUAUGGUACACACUAUUUAUUUGUUUAUUUAUUAUUUGCAAUUUGGUUAGCUACCGUUGAAACGGUUAUAAUGUUACAUUUUUCAACAGGACAAGCAUAUUCAUCUUCCUUAAAAGAUAAUCAUCAUGUAGAUAUAGAUUUUAAUACAUUUUCACAAAUACUUUAUACGCAUCAUGUAAUAGCAGUAAAUAUAGUAGUAGUGUUAAUGACUAAUACAUGGUUUUUUAUAUCUCAUGUAGUUUUAUGGAUAGAAUUAAUAGCAACAUUUUUCUUUUGGUUUAUAAUAAGUAAUACUAAAUUCUUUUUAGAUAUUAUAGGAGCAGAUGAAUUACAUGGUACAUUUGAAAAAGCACAUUCGUCAGGAAACUAUUAUGCUUCAUUAAUAAUUUCUUUAUAUAUAUCUAUAUUACCGUUAAUAAUAUUAAUGACAUAUCAAUUUAUAAAAAAACCCACUAUGGAACAAAUAGUACUUGAACAAUUAAAAUUGGGAAAAUUUGAAGGAUUAAGAAAACACGAAAUAAAGAAAUUAGCAUAUAUUGAUAACCAAAAAAGCUCAAAUGAAUUUACUCAUAAAGGAUUUGCUUUUGCAGUAGAAGCCAAGGAGGCCUUUUGGGGAUUGGUACAGAAAGCUAUCUAUAAAAUUAAAAUGCCCUUAGUUAAAGAUGAAACAGCAAAUAUAAAGCACAAAAGAAAAUCAUAA